CGCGUCGUAGACUCGGGGGCGGGACGAAACGCGCUGAAACUCGAACUCGACGAUGAAAACUUGACGCACAAGACGGUGAGCGCCGACGUGAAGAAGGCCAUCUUGCAGGGACGGUUGGCGAAGAAGCUCACGCAGGCGCAGUUGGCGCAACAGAUCAACGAAAAGCCGCAAAUCGUGCAAGAGUAUGAAUCCGGCAAGGCGAUUCCGAAUCAGCAAAUUCUGGGCAAGCUCGAGCGCAUUCUCGGCGUGAAGCUUCGAGGCAAG